UGCGCCUGCGCAUCGGCUCGUGGUGGGGGUGUGCGGGUGAACGGAACCAAAGGCGACGCUGCGUUUAGAAGGUUUUUUUUUCUCUGGAGAAGAAGGGGCGCCUCUUCGGGCUGUACUGAGUGAGACCGUGUGGGGCGGAGAGAAGGAGAAGCGGGUCCGGGACCUCGGGUGAACUGGGCCUUUCGCCGCCCGCCUCUUUUCGGUUUUUUUUUGUGUGUGUGUGUCACCCCGGCAGCGGUUCGCGGGGAACAGCCAAUGGCAGGGCAGCCGGAGCAUUGAGUGACGGCCGGUCUGACCAAUCGGCAGUAGGAUCACCGCCAUGUGUGACAGUUAGAUCAGCCAAUCAACAGCCGGGUGCAGGUUGAGUGACGGCACAUCCAGCCAAUCGGAGGCUGUCGCGGACUGAGUGACGGUCGGAUUGGCCAAUCUACAGCGGGGCUGGGUCUGUGUGGCCGCCUGCCCCUCAAGGGGACGGUGAUCAUUGGCAGGUUGGCUAUGAGUCUCCAGCCAAUCAGCGAAUUGAGAUGAGCGAGGCCUGGGGAUUCCUGUGAGUCUGACACCAUCCCUGAUUCUCCCCCACCCCCCACCCCCCCCCACUCCCGACACACGGUUCACACCUCCUCUUCUCCCCCCCCCCCCCGAUGGAGUUCCCUGACCAUGGUCGUUUGCUGCUGCAGAGCCUGCGGGACCAGAGACACCAGGGCUUCCUGUGUGACUGCACGGUGCUGGUGGGGGCGGUGCAGUUCCAGGCCCACCGGGCCGUGCUCGCCUCCUUCAGCACCUACUUCCACAUGUUCUACAAGGAGGAGGCGGUAGGCCGCAGGGACGUAGUGGGCCUGGACGACGAGAUAGUGACGGCGCCGGCCUUCUCCCUGCUGCUGGAGUUCAUGUACGAGGGCCGGCUCCGCUUCAGCGGUGCGCCCACCGAGGAUGUGCUGGCUGCGGCCAGCUUCCUGCACAUGAACGACAUCGUCAAGGUGUGCAAGGGCCGGCUGAAGGCCCGGGCCCUGGCGGAGGCUGACAGCACCCGCAAGGAGGAUGAGGCCCAGCAGCAACCGGGAGCAGGGGGAGGGCUCGGCCUAUCCGCCUCCUACCGGGGGGUCGUGCCUCCCCCACCCGUCCCUCCCCUGCAGCCCCCACCGCCCUCUCGGAGACAGCCCCCGGCGCCAGCGGAGCUGCCCUACGCCUCGGGGGGCGAGGAGGACAGGGCCGGAGCCUCCCUCCUGCUGCUGCAGCCCCCCGAGGCACCGGCCCCCGGUCGCUGGCCCCCCGAGCCGGCCGACACCACCACCAGCAGCCAGGCCAGCAUGGAGACCGAGGCCUACCCCAGCAGGCCGGCCGGCAACGUCCUGGCCAGCCCUUCCUCCUCCACGGCGGAGGCCCCCUGCCCUCGCUGGGCCGGGCUGUCGGGCAGCAGGAGGAGGCCCCACCAGGAGGAGGAGGAGGAGGGUGGGGAGGAGGAGGCAGGGGACGGGGACACUGAGGACGACGGCGAUCUGAUCACGGUCAAGGUGGAGGACGACCUGUUCUCCGAGGAGGAGGCCGGAGAGGAACCGCCUGAGGGCGAUGCUCCCGAGGAGGUGGAGGCCGCUGCUGCCUCCUGCUGCCCGCAGCUCGAUGACCUCUUCCAGCAGCCACCGGCGGAGUUAGCCCAGGCCCAGACCCCGGCCUUGGCCUGUGGAGGGGGAGGGGGCCACAUCGUCAUCUCGGACGAGGAUGAGAUGCCGUCGGAGGAUGACGCGUUCCCGGCUCCUGGCCUCUACCACCACCGGGGUCUCCCACCCCCCGCCCCACAGGCCUCUCCGGGAGACUUGGGCUCCCCUGCCGCCUUGGGCCUUUCGGCCAAGCUCUACUUCCAGGACCUGCCGCCAGGGCCAGGGCCAGGGCCUGGGCCGGGCCCAGCCGGCUCAGAGGAUGAGCUGCCGACCUGCGGGGCCUGCGGCAAGACUUUCUCCUGUGCCUACAGCCUGAAGCGGCACGCCCUGGUGCACACCCGCGAGAGGCCCCAUAGCUGCCGCUUCUGUCUCCGUCGCUACUCACAGUCCGGGGACCUGUACCGCCACAUGCGCAAGUACCACAACGCCCACGUCUCGUCGUCAUCCCCUGGACCAGGCCCCGGACCAGGCCCUGGUCCCGGACCCAGCCCCGGCCGACAGGACUCCUCCAACGGUGGCUGGAAGUGGAUGGACAAGCCUCCUUCAGAACAGUGGAAAUGAGAUCC